AUGGUGGAUACAAGAGGAAAGAAGAAGAUGAAGGAGGUAGAGCCGUCGAGGGUGACCAACCGUAUAGUAUUGAGGUCGCGUAGUGAGGAAGCCGAGAAUGAGCGUCGACGUGCUAGACUUGUGGAGAAUCCUUCUCCCCCGCCUCCCGUGCCUUUUGACUUAGAUAGAGCCUUUGAGGGAGUGGAUGAGUAUCAUGGCAGUGAUGACAAUUAUGAUGACUUCCCGGAUGUAAAUGAUGCUUUCUUCGAGAGCAACCAUCCGAGUGCAGGUGGUUCUAGUGGACCUAGAUUAGAGCCCGAGGCUCCUUUUGUGUCUUCUUCGUCCUCUCGGUUUGUUCAUGUUAGACGUGGGCCUCGUGGUCGUUUUGAGUCAUCACGACCCGAUUCGGAGGAGGGCAGCACUAGUAAGAGGAAGAAGGCGAGAGAAGCUGAUUCGUGGAUUCUCGACAGGAGUGGGCCGGGGGGCCUAUCGAUCAUAGCCUGA